UGUAAAGCAAUGUGUGUCCCUCUGUGUUUGUCUGCCAUAUGUCUGCCUGUCACUGUGAAGUGAAUGUCUAACUGCUACAUUCAGAGUAACCAUGAACUGGGUAAAUGAGACACAGAGAAAGAAGAAGAAGAUUAUUAUUGGUGUCUUGGCUGUGUCGAUUGUGACUGUAAUCCUCGGUCUUGGACUCGGUCUUGGACUGGAUUUGCAGAGAUGUCAAAAUCAAGUCAUCCCUCACACAUCCUGCAGGAAUAGAUGCUAUGAGCCUUUUGAUGAUGAGAUACCUGGCUGCAGAUGUGAUGAAAACUGCAUUGCCUCCAAAAGCUGCUGCUCUGACUACUAUGACAUCUGCACCCUUCCUACUGAGCAGUGGGAAUGCACAAAGCUGCGCUGUGGAGAGACGAGGCUGGUGGAGAGCAAGUGUCACUGCUCUGACGACUGCCUUUCUGCAGGAGACUGCUGCACCAACUACAGACACGUCUGCCAUGAUGAGAAACAGUGGGUAGAAGAUACAUGUGAUGACCUGUCAACCCCUACAUGUCCAGCAGGCUUUAAGCAGCGUCUGCUCCUCGUGUCUUUGGAUGGCCUGAGGGCUGAGUACCUGCAGACAUGGAGUGCUCUCAUCCCUGUUUUGGACAAACUCAGAAAGUGUGGAACCUCUGCUCCAUACAUGCAGGCAGCAUUUCCAACAAAGACCUUUCCCAAUCACUACUCCAUUGUUACGGGUCUCUACCCAGAGUCAAAUGGUUUGAUUGACAAUGUUAUGUAUGACCCUGUGUUUGAUGCUACCUUCAGUCUUUCCAGCCCAGAGAAAAACAACCCAGACUGGUACCUUGGGCAACCUAUUUGGCAUACAGCAAAGUACCAGGGACUGAAAUCUGGGACUUUCUUCUGGCCUGGAUCAGAUGUGAAAAUCAAUGAUAGCUUUCCUGACAUCUACCAGUCUUAUGAUAGUAAAGUGCCCUUUGAAGAAAGAGUAUUCACUCUGCUUAAGUGGCUCCAGUUGCCAGAUAAGGAAAGGCCAGAUUUCUAUACACUGUACCUGGAAGAACCGGAUAAAUCUGGACACAGCUACGGACCUGUCAGUGGAGGGACUAUUGCAUCACUGCAGGGUGUGGAUAGGAUCAUUGGUCAGCUCAUGAAUGGCCUCAAGCAGAUUGGUCUACAUCGGUGUCUCAACAUCAUUAUUGUGGCUGAUCAUGGUAUGGAAGAAACUAGCUGUGACAGGAAGGAAGUGAUGCGGGAGCUUGUGGGGGACACCAGCAUUUAUGUAGUCACUGAGGGGCCCAUUGGACGCAUCAGAGCCAAGGACAAAGACACAGUCUUGGACUCAGCUGGACUUGUUGCUAACAUGACUUGUAAGAAGCCAGACCAAAAGAUCAAGCCAUACCUGAAGGCCAAUCUACCAAAGCGCCUUCACUUUGCCAACAGUCGUCGCAUUGAAGAUGUCAGCAUUCUGGUUGACAUUAAAUGGCUGUUUGAGAGGGAUCCAGGGUCUCUGACAUUCUGCUCUGGUGGGGCACACGGCUACGACAAUGAUUUUGAGAGUAUGCAUGCCAUGUUUAUCAGUUACGGCCCCAAGUUUCAGAAUAAAACAGAAAUUGAGCCCUUCUCCAAUAUUGAGCUUUACAAUCUCAUGUGUGAUAUACUAGAGAUUUCUCCAACCGACAACAAUGGAACCCAUGGCAGCAUGAAUCACAUCCUGAGGCAGCCCUACUACACACCAGUGCAUCCUGCAGAGAAAAGUGAGCCCAUUCAGUGUACAGUACUCAGCCUAAAACCCACAGACGAACUGGGAUGCUCCUGUUCUGGCCUGACUGAAAAUAUGACCAUGAGCAUCAACAGCCGACUGAAUCUGAGUGCAGAGGAAGCAUCUGCUGCAGAAAAGAAGCACGCACCGUUUGGUCGACCCCAGAUGCUGCAGCCUGACCAAAGCUACUGCAUCCUCUACCAGGAGGGAUUCAUCAGUGCCUACAGCCACAAAGCCCUGAUGCCCCUGUGGAGCACCUUCACAAUCAACAAGCCUAAUAACUUGGAACCAUUGCCUCCAGUGAUACAAGAUUGUUUGAGGGCUGAUGUGAGACUUUCAGCAUCUCAGAGUCCCAGCUGUGAUCAGUAUGAUGCUGCUGGGAGCCUAAUUUCAGCCUUCAUGCACCCACCCAAUCUUAAUACAACAGCGGACCAGCAGUAUGAUGCUUUGGUGAUGAGUAAUGUGGUACCAAUGUACCUUGAGUUUAAGAAGAUCUGGGACUACUUCCACAACACGUUGCUUAAGAAAUAUGCCUCUGUUUACAAUGGCAUUAAUGUGGUAAUGGGUCCCGUAUUUGAUUACAACUACAACGGUCAGUUUGACACUAUAGAGGAGAUCCAGCAGUUUGUUCCUGGUAAAAACAUCUCCAUCCCCACACACUACUUUAUUGUGAUGACUAGCUGCAGGGACUCUGCCCAACCAGUGACUUCCUGUACCAGCGAGCUGCAGACCGUGUCCUUCCUCCUGCCCCACAGAGCUGACAACCUGGAGAGUUGCAAAAGUACAGAACCAGGAUCUCAGUGGGUUGAAGAUCACAUGUGGUUCCAUCAGGCUCGAGUCAGGGAUGUUGAGUGGCUCACAGGACUGGACUUUUACCAGGGCAGCAAUCGACCGAUCCCAGAGCUGCUUAGGGUGAAGGCUCGUCCCACAUCAGCUAUUCAAAGAAAACUAUGAAAUAACUCUCUCUCUCUCUCUCUCUCUCUCUCUCUCUCUCUCUCUCUCUCACACACACACACACACCACACACACCACACACACACACCUUUGAUCAUGUUAUGACAUUGACAGCAGGAUGUAUUACAAGCAAUAUUAUUUAUUUACUUUUGUUCUUCAAUCUGUUAAUUUUAUUGUCUUUUAUUCCAAUUGCUAUCAUGAUUUCUUAUUUCCCAUGUUUUAAGAAAUUCAUGAUUCAUCACUUCAUCAAUGAAUAAUGUUGAAGUUCAAUAAAUUAACAUGGUCAUCUUGUCUUUAAACAGAAAAAUGUCCAUCUCGAUUAAAUUUGCUGGGGUUUUGAUGAUAACACAAUUAUUUUAGAGUAUAGCAUAUUCUCACAUGCCACUAGUGUUAUUAACCUGCAGAUAUUUUUUGGUUUUGUUCCUGGGAUAAACUGACUGAAAAGUUCUCAAUUUCAAGAGUGAGGGAAACGUCCUCAGUAAAUACUUCAGUGGCAUCUUGUCAAAGUCAGGCUUAUUUCUAUUAUGUCAGUUUCUUUCGAUGUGAGAUUUUCUCUCAGCACCAAAGAAAACACCUUUUUCUUUUUUUUUAAGUAAUGUGAUGAUUUAUUUUCUUAAAAUAUAAAUUCUUCCUGUUUUAUGUCUUGCAGUACUGUACUGCAGCUACAAAUGUUUUAGCCAGCAGUGACUGUCAAACAACAAAUGACAGAUAAUAUGUGUGUAAUAGGCUGAGAUAUAUAUUUGCCAUGUUAAUUAAAAAAAAUGUAAAUGAAGGAACGCUACUGCUGAGCACCACUUCAUCUAUGCAGACCAUUCAGCCUAAAAGCAUAAAGUUCAGUGGGACCUUGAGCCAGCCUCAACAUGAAGUAUGCUUAAAUUUCUCUGCAGGGAAACUGAGACCUGUUUCAGUGUCUUUCACAGGCCAUUUCACUUCCUCAUAAUUGUACAGAUGUAAAUAGUGUACACGCUGCGGUUAUUAAUUUUAAACACUAAUGGAUUCCUAAGGUAGCACUUGAAAAAUGAAAGACUUUUUCCUAAUUAUGUCUCUUGAAAACCUAGUACUUUAUGAGUCUGUUUCUUUACACUACGGCCUGAUUUAGACUUCUGUGUCAGGUCUUUGCAGGGCCUACAGUCCAAAAAACCCUCUGAACCCUAUGCAGUAAUCACAAUCAUUGUGGGCUGCUGUGUGUUGUGGGUCAUUAUCUUGCUGCAUGAUGAAAGAUCUCCAAUCAGUUUGGUUGCAUUUUUUUUUUUAAAUUGACAGACAAAAUGUUUCUGUAGACUUCUGAGUUCAUUAUACUGUACGUGACAUCAUCAAUAAAGAUUAUUGAGCCUGUCCCAGACGAAGCCAUGCAAGCUCAAGACAUCA